UCGGAUUGGUCGAAACGACCUGGGCUGUUUCGACGUGUUAAUUUUAUUCGUAUUCUCGUAUUGGAGUGCCUCGCGAAGAAGGUCGGUCGACGGCAGGAAGAGGAGCGCGAGAGGGCCGUACGUGGAUGGUAGCAUGCGAUUAACCGACAUCAACCAGCAGCAGAACUCCCACUCGACGACAAGGAGUUGUGGAGGACCGACCCCCAUCGGUCUUUCGUCCUCGUCGUCCGCCGCCAACCCUGCCGCCUCGCCGUCGUUGAGGUGGCCGCCGCCGCUUGGGUUGUUGUUGACUCCCCUUGACGACAGUUUGCAACAUCCUUCUAGUGCGGCAGCACCUCUUUGUCGACCACACCACAUAUUCUUGGCGGCCAACCUCACCUCGAAUACCCACCAACAGUCGACAAGGGCACCUCCGCAAUGCACGCACACGUCGUCGCCGUCCGUGUUCGACGCCUCAGCGGGUGGACUGGGUGCGGUAGAAAACCUCCCACGCAAAGUGACGACCGGGUCUUCGCCGAGCGGGAAGCCUCCUGUCGACAACCCAUUUGAUGCGUGGUUCCGAACAAACAAGCCGACAAGGAAUCCUCGCGCUGCUCCACGUCGUUCGGUGUCUGCAGUCACUUCAUCUGCAUUUCCCGCGUUCGGAGACUUUCCUCCGCCGCCACCGUCCGCGUUCACAUCGUCAUGCCCAUCGAUGACGAGCAUUGGCGGCGACAGCACCGACAACGAAGACGACAUGGACGAGCAUUCUCCGUCCGCACAAUUGAAUACGUCCCCGUCGUAUGACUUGAAGCGGCAAAAAGCGGUCGAAGACGCCCAGCGGCACUUUCGGUGCAUGGACGUGGCAUGCAUGCUGGACAUGGACGACGCCGACGUGAUGCCUCCGCCGGUACUCGUUCGCGCGCAGGCUCAGAUGCUGCUCCAUCACGAGGAAGUCGCGCUGACGUGUCGAAGAUGCGGCGCCAUCGAGCACCUGGCCAUCUCCUAUUAAGUUAUUCCACCAGCCGAGUAGUCCGCUAAUAAGUCAACGAACACGUGCCUCCACCGCCACAUACAUGUCAUUGGAGUCGGCGGUGCACGGACCUGAUCGACUCCGUGGUCGGGGAAUAGAAGGAUGUCACGGGAAUGGCUGCCUGAAAGGGGUUCGUGGAGAAGGGGAGGAGCAAUCGCCGCCUACACGGUCGACCUUAACUGUGAGAGGAAGGCUGGUCUAGGGGGAACUAUCCCCCUGAAAGUGGACAGAAGAACGUUCGGCACGGGGUGAGAGGAGUUCUGAGGAUGUCCAUCGUUAAAUGAUGCUUCACGGCACGACAUGGUGCACCGACGUGGCACCGACAAGAAGGUUCUUGUGCACUGAGCUGCCUCUGCCCUACACAAGAUGGUCGUGGCCUCUCCCACCAGGUGAAC